AUGAAUAUAUCGAAACUUAUUGUUCAUAAACUACGCAGAGCAUUAUACUCAAUGACUUCAUCAUCUUCAAUACAGACAUUACAAACAAAGAUACUUAAAGUAGACGCAUCUUCGAUCAUAUUCUCGACGAAUUCUCAUAUUGACGGUAGUCUCCCUACAAUAACCGAUAUUCAAUCGAAAAAUGCACUAUUGGAAGCUGCUCAAAUUAUAAGGGACACAAAUGAAACAGUUGCCUUCCCCACGGAAACUGUUUAUGGACUUGGUGGAUCUGCAUUAAAUGAUCAAUCAGUUCUGAAUAUUUAUAAAGCUAAAAAUAGGCCCAGUGAUAAUCCAUUAAUCACUCACAUCUCAUCGAUAAAUCAAUUAAAUAGAAAAAUAUUUAACGACAAUUCUCCAUCGGACCCAUUGGAAAAUAUACCGAAAAUAUAUCACCCAUUAAUAUCAAAACUUUGGCCUGGUCCAUUGACUAUCCUUUUAUCCACAGAAAAUACUCACGGAUCUUUAUCAGAAAGAACAACAAAUUUCCAAUCAACUUUCGCAGUAAGAAUCCCAUCAAAUCCAAUUGCAAGAGCUUUAAUCGCAUUGAGUGAUACUCCGAUCGCUGCUCCCUCGGCUAAUACAUCAACGAAACCAUCACCCACAUUAGCAUCCCAUGUAUUCCACGAUUUAAAGGGUAAGAUCCCAUUAAUCUUAGACGGUGGUCCAUGUAACAUCGGUGUCGAAUCCACAGUAUUAGAUGGAUUAUCAAACCCACCAAUGUUAUUAAGACCAGGUGGGUUAACCAUGGAGAAGAUCUUGAAAUUAGGUAAUGGGCAAUGGGAUAAUUGUAAAGUGGAAAGUAAAUUGAAUGUUAAAAGUAAUGAAGUGGUUAGAACUCCUGGGAUGAAAUAUAAACAUUAUUCUCCAAAUGCUAAGGUGGUCUUGUUGAUUCCUUCUAGUACUAAUGAAUAUCUUGCUCGUUUGAUUGAUUUUAUUAAGAUGCAAACAUUUAACAAGUUGGCAAUUUUGACAAGUUAUCAUUUGAAUGGAUUGAGCUUAGAUGAUCUAUCACAAAUAAACACAAAUUCAAAGGAACAUACAAUUGUAAUUAAAUCAUUGGGUCAAACUGGAGAGGAAAUUCAAGCUAAUCUAUUUGCAAGAUUAAGAGAAGUAGAUGAAGAUGAUAAAGUUGAUUUAAUCUUGGUAGAAGGUGUUACUGAAAAUGAAGAAGGGUUAGCUAUUAUGAAUAGGCUAG